AUGUUGCUCCUGAGUCUGUUGAUAACGUGGGUGACGGCUUCGAGAGGGGCCAACACUAUUGCGGACCUCGACCGCCUCCAACACGACCUCUCCAAGUUCCUCUCCGUCCCCAGGUUCGUAACAGAGGAUUUCUCAGAAAUAAAAGAGUGCAGGUACAAUGAGACGGAAAAGCAAGUGACCAGAAACGCGAUAAAAAUAGCACUCGAAGCUGUCGGACUUCCUUCCAUGACUCACACAUUCAUUCAUGAAGAAACCGUAUGUUCAUUCUAAAUUCAGGGAAGCUUGGCUGUCGACAGAUCUGGAGCCAAGUUUCCUUGACUGUCUUCAAAUUCUAUUUUUAUUUUAUCAUUUCAUCGUUACGCGUUACGCGCGCGGAGACCUGUGCGCACCGGGCAAUUUCUUACCAAAUAUAGUCUGUUCAGAUUUUGAAUGUCAACCAGCUAACUCCGCCCCUGCUGAGACGGUACCUUUUCGCGUCGAUGUUUUAUCGCGCGGGACUAAUUUUGAUCUUUUUUGAUCUAAAAGAUAGAAAAAGAAGUGCAAAAAUGCAGCAUUAUUAAAGGUUCAUCGUCAUCUGGAUAUAAAACAUUGACGCGAAGGAUAUUGUAGCCUUGGGGGUGGAGUUAGCUGCUUGACAUUCAAAAUCUGAACAGACUAUAGCAAAUUUUGACUCAAGAUUAAAGGCUGGAAAAAGUUUUUUAGCACGAAAUUGAAGGAAAAGAUGAAUCUGUUAUAGCCUGUUCAGAUUUUAAAUAAUAACUAGCUAACUCCGCCCCUGCUGGCACAGUGCCUUUUCACCUCGAUGUUUUAUCGCGCGGGAUGAUUUUUGAUCUUUUUUUGUUCUGAGAGGAAAAGAAGUCGAAAAAUGCGGCCACAUUACAGGUUCAUCGUCAUCUGGAGAUGAAACAUUGACGCGAAAGAUUUUGUAGCCUUGGAGGCGAAGUUAGCUACUUGACAUUCAAAAACUGAACAGAAAAUAUUUAUAAAUUUUUUCAGCGAAAAAUCAGUGCCCUACGGGCAGAAAAAAAUAAAAAAAGGAAUGUAGAUCAUAAGUGAGAACAUGAAACUUUUGCUGUAAAGAAGAAAAAAAGUGUCGCUCUGGUUUUAUUUUUAUUUUUUGGUCAUCGUUUUGCAGAACGAGAUUGGAGCUAACGUGAUCGCCGUGCAAAAAAGCGACCUUUUCGGAACAUCGGAGGACCGGAUAAUCGUCUUAACAGCCAAUUAUGAUACUUUAGAGAACAGUCCAGGUGGGUUUUGCGGAAAAGUUGAAACUUUUAACAAUGAAAAACGUAGUUGAUAUAAAAGCGCUGAAAUUUACUAUUCCCUGAGAAAUAAAAACCACGAAUAUCGGUUUUUUUUAUGAAAGGACUCGAUCUGGUAAGCAGUUUAAAAUUUAACUUUGAUGCAAAAGGUAAAUAAAAAAGUCAUAUACCACAUAUGAAUCGGGAAAAAAACAACAAUUCAAAAAAAAAAAUCAUCCAAAUUAUGAAUAGGACUUUCAAUUGUCAUUACAUAUCAAAUCGAUGUUUUGGAUUAAUCCAAAACAAUAAAUAAGGUUCUGAGUAUUUCAUUUGCAUGAAUAGUUUAUAAAAUCGUAGAGUAGAGCAUUUUGAAAAAAAAAUUUGUGUUUUCAACUCUUUUUUUAAUACUUUGCGAAAUAUCUUGGGUGAGACUUGAGAAAUAUGUAGAAUAGCAGAAAUAAAUAAGAAAAAGAAAAGAAACAGUUAUUCGAAAACAAAUCGAAAAGAAAAGUAAAAAAAAACAGGAUUUAAAAAAGCGGUUAGAGUACAAAUAAGAACCGUGAGGAAAGCCGUGAAGCGCAAGCCAUCGCAAGUCGGGCGCAGCGUCCUAGAGGGUUAUAUAAGCGCUUCGCAAGAGUCGACGCAGCGGGGAGCGGACCCCACAGCUCUGCUGAAACAACCGCAGCCGCCACUCGCUAAAAUUAAAAAUUAAAUUAAAAUAUUGAAAAUAAAAGUCGUUGCCGCCGAGAGAACAACUGCAAGGCCAAUUGCAAAGCGAUCGAAGUCCGAGAUUCAAGCAGCCGCCAGUCAGCGAGAGCUCGAGACGAAAGAAGCUAAAAAAAAAUGCGCAAUAAAAAAAAGCUAGCUUGCAUGUCCCCUAUGUGUAGUCCCCGUCCUUUUACAAAAUAUUUUGUUAUGUUUCUACGCAAUAUUUUCAUAAAAACUGAGCAGAUUGAGACUUUCUAAGAAAAAAGUAAAGAUUUUUGGUAAUUUAUUCCUUUCAUUAGAUAGUGUUAGAAAAUGAACAAACCAAGUUCAGGCGUCGAUGACAACGGUUCGGGAGUCGCCGCAGUGAUAGAGGCAGCAAGGAUCUUGUCGACUUUGGACUCUCUGUACCUACGAAAGUACACGAUUCUCUAUGCAUUCUUCGAUAUGAAACACAAGGUUUGUCUAUUUUUCAUUCCUCAACUUCUCGCGCUUCUCAACUUUCUUUUCUGCUUUUAUCAUUAUCUUUUUUUUUCAAAAAGAAACCUUCAUAUAAGUUACUUUUUUUAAAUAUUUGAGACUUCGAGGUGAUUAAUAUUGGAAAGUAUAAAAAAACCAAAGCACAGGACAGCGUCGAUUGCCGAGAUUAGGAAUUCAAAAAUUCGAACAUUUUUACUCAUAAAUUUUCAACUAAAAAAUGCUGCCUUUCAUUGCAGCGAAUCAUUAAGACCGAAAUUACAAUAGUGGGACCGGACUUUGCUCAGGCUUUGGCUGGAAGCCACGCGUUCGUCGAAGACGUGCUCAUUCCGCUUCUGGGAAGAUGCAAUUGCAGCGUCACAGGAGCUGUUGUCGUCGACGGAAUGCUGCACUUCGACCCGUUUCCGGCCAGUCAAGCCGUCCCCGAAGGCUUUGAAGAGGUUCUUUUUCAGAGUUAUCUCGAAAGUUUUACUGGAAAAAUCCUUGGAAGACCUAAAAUUAUCGAAUAAGCCUUUGCAAUUUGGGAAUCGUUCCAUCUACUGUCAAAAAAGACAUUGUAGACAAUUUUUUCAGAUCUCAUGUCCUUGAUUUGCUUUUUAGUCCCUUCUCUCCAGAUUAGUUUUAUUAGUGAUCUCUUCGUCCUUGAAUUGUUUGUAUAGUUCGGUGUUGAAUAAAUAAAGGAAGAUCCUGAAAAUCUCAGAAUGCAAGAAAUUGGAAUCUUUUUUUUCUUGAAAGGUCUCUUACAUUUUUGAAAGUUCUCUUACAUUUUUUGAAAGAUCUCUUACAUUUAGAAUUGGACAUCCAAGCUUUUUUAGAGAGCCUAAAAUGGAGAAUGAGCUCAGACAUCGAUUUUUUGCUUUAUAUUCGUUCUUCUUUCUAUUGUUUUUCGAGACUAUUUCUAAAAUUUUCAGUUAACUAAUAGUGAAGCUUCUCUUAAGCAAUUCUUUUUUGGCAGGACUUCCCUGAGGCGGCACGACUUCUCCACGAGCACAGCCACAUGGGUGAUUUCAUUCAGGUGACGUCAAGGACGCACAUCGACGACGGUGUUUUCCAGCAGUAGGCACUGCUCUUUUUGCUUGAGUCAGCCUUCAUUCAGGUACUCGAUGGCCUACAGCAUGGCGACGGAGAUGCUCGUUUCCGACUGGCAGUUCCAGCCUUGGCUUCUGCCAGUGAAGCUCCACAUUCGAAACGCCUCCUCCAUCAACGGACUCUACAAGUCAGUUGGGAACUUUUUCGAAGACGGUUUGCUGAUGCAGAAACGGCGUUGUUAAAAUGAACUCUCAUAGUUUAUCUUAAUUCGCAAAUUUUGUAGAAAACUUCAAGAAAUGUUCUAGUUUUGCCCGUUUUGCAUUUUUAUGGUUCAAAGAAAAAAAUGCCUGUUUUUUAUGCUUCUGAUAUUUCCAGUUUGAAAAUUUUACUUGAAUUUCGUCUGAAGAUAAGUGUGAAGUCAGAAAAUUUAUUCGAAAAGUGUGGUUCCUACGAAAAAAAAACAAGAAAUAAUCAUCAGGAUGCAUCCUUACCUUUUCGCCGAUCAUUCUUCCUUUUUCUUCCAUUCGCAGCAGGAUCUCGACAUCCCCACCAUUUACGUCUCCGACACGCGUUAGUUGUCCUCCCGCCGCCUCCAGAACCUUGUUCUCUUUCAGUCAGUCGCCGCGGAGUUCGACAGUACUGUCCCUACUGCGACGGUCUCUACAUGAUGACGGCGCAGAACAUGAAGUUCCUGGCCCUGCUCACGGACUCGCUCAUCCGAUUCCUCGUUGCUUCUUCUCAGUCUGAAGGUGCGAAUAGCUUUUAUUGAUCCGAAGAGGAGGGUGGGAAAAACUUGCGGGUCAGAGAAUUUUGAACUGUAUGAAAAAAAAACACUACAAUGCAUAAAAAAACUUUCGGCUUUUAGAUGUUUUAGGCUCUAUCGAUUUGAAAGAAAUUGCGUUUCCUUAUUUGGUCCUCUCUAUGCGCCACGCUUGCCGGAGCCUUCCAAACACGUCACCCAAUCUGUCAGACGUAUUUAUUCAUGACAUCAGGACGAUUGAAGCCAUGCAGAAAGGGCUUUCCUUGUAAAAGAGGGUCCGUAAAAUAAGCUUUUACUUGAAAAAAAAAACUAUUGUGUUAUUAAUGUCAGUGCUGGUUCAUUUCCUCCUCUCUUUCAAAGAAAAAAUGAUCAAAAUACGAGAGUUAUUAGUUUGCCAAAUGCGUCCAGAAAAAGAAUAUUGCAGCGUUGGCAGUUGUCGAUGAACUCUACACCUUUGUGUUCAACAUCGACGUUUGA